AUGACCCAACAAGGCGAAUAUCACAAUUCAUCGGAUAUGCUAAAGCAAAGGUCUUCCUUGGCAAAAUAUGUCCAGUCCAUCAAAGAAUCCCCAGGAGAGAUAUUCAACUGGCGGCUUUUCCUGACUGCAUUUGCAUUUGCCCUUGGGGGAUGUGCCAAAGGCUGGGAUGAAGGAUCUGCCGCUGCCAUUACGCAGCUUCCAUCUUUCCAAAACACGUAUGAACUUGAGGAAAACUCCAUAUCGAAUAUCGUUUCCCUUGUCAACCUAGGUGCCGGAGUAGGGGCAUUGCUAUCGUUCUUAUUAAAUGAUGCAAUUGGUCGAUUGAUGUCGCUUCGCAUAUAUCAGCUCAUUUAUAUUGUCGGUUCUCUCAUAUCUUGCUUCUCCUCAGGCAAUGCCGGGGCUCUUUAUACUGGUCGAAUUAUUGCCGGUCUGGGAAUUGGCGCUCUUUCAGUUGUUUGUCCAAUGGCAAUCUCGGAGAUUGCACCCAAAUCCGUUCGGGGACUUAUGGCUUUGUGGUUUAAUAUAUGCAUGCUCGCUGGCCAAUCACUUGGCGUUUUCAUUGUUUACGGCUGCUCUAUCCAUGUUGCGCCCGGGAAGGAUCUACAGUAUCAAACUCCUUGGUUCUCGCAGACUUUAGCCCCCGCCAUUAGCAUUGCGCUCUCAUUCAUUACCGUGGAGUCUCCUCGGUGGCUGCUACUUGAUCACAGACAAGAACAAUGCCUUGCUGCGUUGAUCAAGCUUCGUGGAUCACCAGGCGAUUCGAGUUGUGUGGACACCGAGUUCCAGAUGAUGGUCUCUAGUAUGGAAGAUCGAGAGGCUGGCCUUGGAAACAACAUCAAGGUCAGUAUUAUCAAAGAGACCUUUUUGGUAAAGUCAAAUCUACGACGGGUGCAAUUGACUAUUUUUGUCUACAUCUUGGCACAAAUGUCCGGUGCUAAUGCCAUCACCAACUAUCUGCCUACAAUUUUUGGUCUGGUCGGAAUCACAAGCUCAGAUGUUAAGGUUUACUCAACUGGCCUUUACACUAUUGCAAAAUUGAUUUGCUGCUUAGCUGCAUCGCUGUUCUUUAUUGACGUCGUUGGACGCCGGAAGUCGCUCAUGAUCGGUAUUUCGGUCCAAAUCGUUUGUCACUCAUACUUGACCGGCUAUCUGAAAAUAUACCAAAGCCACCACGAUAGCAUGAGCAAGGGUUCAACCGAUGCAGCAUUAGCGUUCAUCUAUAUUCAUGCAUUUGGAUGGGCAGUAGGUCUUUACAGCUUGCCUUAUCUUUUUGGCGCAGAGCUCUGGCCUAACAAAAUUCGCUCGUUUGGCGGCGCAUUGUCACAAUGUUUCCAUUGGUUAUUCUACUUCGCUAUAACCAAAGCCACCCCGUCAUUACUUACUAGUCUUCAUCAAUGGGGCGCCUUCGUCCUAUUUGUUGGGUUCUGUGUGGUUGCAUUCAUCUACACUUAUUUCAUUAUCCCUGAAACGGCUGGAAUGAGCCUUGAAGAGAUAAACAGAAUUUUCGAACGCCCCUUGUUUCUUCUUGCUAAGCCCCUAGGCCCUUUAGAUGAAUCCAACGAAGAUACACCCGCGCCGUCGAGAGGUUUGAAAGCCGACCAAGAAUGGGUGGAAAAGGCCUGA